AUGCUGUUCCGUCUAGUUUCGAUUUUCUUGUUUGGUUUCAUUAUUCAAUACGCCUUCAAAACACUCUUGGUGUUGGGAGUCCAUAAAAGGGUCUACAAUCAUCGACCGGGAGAAUGUCGAAGAGUUCAGGGAAUAAGCGUUGGUUCGGAAGAUGUUUCAUUGGUGCCGGAAAAGAAUCUGGCGUUCAUUUCCUCCGGCGUGGUUUAUAUUCCGAAAAACUCGUCAAUUAAUUUUAAUGGUCAAAUAUUCGUAUACGAUGUGAAGAAGCGCGACUAUGAAGCAAUUCCAGUGCCCAUAAAAGGACUCGACAAUUCGGCGUGCCAUCCGAUUUUAAUGGAUGCCGCUAAGCAUUUUGGCGAUACCUCAAAUCCGAAUCUCACCGCUCCAUCUCAAGUUCUUCGAUUUUCAUUCUCCAAAGACUACAAAUCAUCAAAAAUUGUUGAAGUGUUCAUGGACGACGGAAAUUUCAUCUCAGCUUCUUCUGUUGCUGUUAAUUUUGAUAAUAGUCGCCAAUUACUUAUCGGGUCUGUUGGUAGGGAACUUGUCCACUGUGAUAUCAAUAUUCCAUUAGAUUUUUAA